ACGGUCUCACACGCGCCAACUGGAGACUCCAAACACGUCUUUUGUCUCCAAACCGAAAGAAGUGAUUGGUUUUUGCCCGCGUGCUGAGGAGUGGGUGGAGAUACAGAAGAUCCAUUACUAAUAUUGGCUGAGAUAGAGAAAGGAGCACGAGAUGAUUGGUUAACGUCAUAGUGUAACUUUUUUCUUUCUCUACUGUAACGGGCAGUCAAGACAAAAACAAAACAAAGAGGAGAGAAGAGCAGUUGAGGAAACGAAGACCACGAGUAGUUCUAAGUAUAAAGCAUAAACAGCUCCCUUGAAACAACAUCCAAAAAUUGUUAUAGGCACAAAGCCUAGUUAAGUGCGAGGUACUUAUAUGAGUCCCCACGAUAGCGCGACAGCGGCGGCAGUGCCUGUUGUCGAACCCUGGACACGCGACAGACUUAUUCAGUAUUUCAAACUGUUUUUCAUUGGGGAAAAAAGUGUGGAAAGCAGGUGAGGUAGGGGGCGAAGAAUUCAUAUCCCAGCAGUGUUAAAAGGCUAUAUUUCUUGAAGAAAAUGAAAUAUAAAACGGUGGAAUCUUGACGGAGAUCCGAAGGGGCUACCGUUGGCCGUACACGCAAGGUUAAACUCCGACUGGUUGGCAUAUUAGAUCCGGUAACAGCGCUGCGAAUGUAAAGGACUUAAGACAGUUGGAACUGGUUACUCAAGAGUUUCUUUUGUCAAGACCGUAAGAAGCAACCUGGUUGUGACGGUUUCUCUUUGUGACAUCUGUGUGGAAACGUGCCACACACACUCUCCAGAUCAACAACGGCUUUUGCUUGCAUUUUCCAGUGUUUCUUCUGUCAGCGAGUUCAGCAGAGCUGCACAUCGUCCAGCACCAGUCCGGAGCCCAGUGACGAGCUCCCAGCAGAAAUGGUAAAGAUGACAAAGUCAAAAACCUUUCAAGCUUACCUUCCUGAUUGCCACAGAACUUACAGCUGUAUCCAUUGUCGAGCACAUCUUGCCAACCACGAUGAGCUUAUUUCUAAGUCUUUUCAAGGAAGCCAAGGACGGGCCUACCUUUUUAACUCUGUAGUGAAUGUGGGUUGCGGUCCAGCAGAGGAACGUGUUCUUUUAACGGGACUGCAUGCUGUGGCUGACAUUUAUUGUGAAAACUGUAAAACCACCCUUGGUUGGAAAUAUGAACAUGCCUUUGAAAGCAGUCAAAAGUACAAAGAAGGAAAAUUCAUAAUUGAACUUGCUCAUAUGAUCAAAGACAAUGGUUGGGAGUGAAGGAAUUUGAGUGCCAUCAGUGCUGUACAGCAUACAAGUUGAGAUCCUUGAAAAACUUUGUCGUUUUUUGCAGAAGAAAGAUGAGGAUAUUUUAACUGCGAGGCCUUUGAGAAACUUAAACUGUGGCUUGAUGGUGGUUGUAAUGGAGUAUUUUCAGAACUGCCUGUGACCAUUUUGGUGUAUUUCUGCAUAUAAAUUACCUCACAUAGUCUCCCACCACUUCUAGUCCAGAGGAAUUUGGAAGCACAUUUUUUCCCCUUCUGUUUGGGAGGGAAAGAGGUGCACAUCUUGGUCAGAAAUGUUGCUGGUUAGCAUUUUACAUUGGCCUUUGUGUGUCUUUGUAUUUCCACGCAUGCUUUGUUUACAAUUUGUGUUGUAAUGUGGUGCUCUGGUUCAGCAGCCAUGAAAGUAACGGUGGGUGUUCUUCGUCAGUAGCAGUACCCCCCCACCCUAAGUUUUGGAGUAGGGUUAGUUUCAGUGUUGCUUACUCGUGCUUUUAGAUGCUGACUUGUGGACCAUUGCAUCAACUUUUUCAGCGUGUUGUUCCUCCUUAAUUUUAUAGUAUUCUAAAAAGGGAUCUCUCACAAAGGCAUUCACUGUGGCUCCUUUCCAUUUUUUUCUUGGGGGAGGGGGGAAUACUGUAAAUUUUAUUUGGACAUUUAUCCCGUGUAGAUUUCAGCAUUCCUGUUUGUGGGGUUUCUAUAAAUUAAGCAGGACAUUGAAUGUUACUGGGAAAUUGGAUUCCUGACUCCUGUUAUUGUAGGCUGAAAUGCUGCAGGUGUACAGAUAUAUGGCCAGUUCUUGUGCAUGUUCAUCAUAAGUAGCUGUUGUUUUGAAAAGUCAUAUACAUAGCUGCUUUCGGUGCAGAAUUGUUAAAGCAGAAAGUACAGGGGUUCUUUUUUGGGGAACGUUUUGGGUAUUUUAGUAGUUUUGUACUAAUGGUUACAUUAAGGAAGCAUGUACAGCUUUCUGUGGUUGCAUGGGAAAUAUCAUUAAGCAGCUUGGGGAACACUGCUGCUGCUUUUCACGUCUAUUCAACUCUCUUCCAUCUUAAGGUAUGUACCCACUCCAUCCAGUGAACGGUCUUUGCAGGAAGUGGCGUACUGUAUGCUAGCUUUUGUACUCUCAAAACACCUAGUCUAGUUUCUGUUUUGCUGGAUGUUGAAUUUGUUAAGCUAGUUAAGUGUCCCAACAACCAUUUACAUUUGGAUAUCCUAAGGGGUGGGGCAGGGUGGUGUAAGGAAUGUAGCAGUGCUUUUUUUUUUCUCUCUCCUUGGAAAGGUUACUUUGCAUUUAUCAGAAGUAGGAGCUUGGUCAACCAGUAAUGGUCAGUGUUACAUAAUGUUAUGGCUGGUUCCAUGUAGCAUCAGUUUAAUGCAUUGAAUGUGUAUAUGGGGAGGGGGCAGACAGAUAAUCAGAUGUUGGACUCUUGAACGCAGGUAGUUCUCUGUAGUUUUCAGCAUGCUAACAAUUUCUGUAUUUGGGGAUUAUUGAGAGCAUCUAAAAAUGAGACAGUACAAGCUGACAGUUAACUUGCUCCCAGUAUGACUGGUGUAACGGUGUAUUGGUUUGCUGGCUGAACCAUUCCCGGGUGCAUAUUGUCUGAAGACUAAAAAUUAUACUGUUGAUACAGUUCACCUGUGUUGGCAAGGUGUGUGUAGCAUUGUAGACUUAAUUUAUUGUAUUUAAGAAUUCUCUAAACCCUUUCUACAAAGAUUGCCCCAACUAUAAGCUCUCUCAAAAGAGCUAAUGUGCACAGUUUUUUGAUCUUUUAACUAUCCAGAUGACUUCCCAUUGGGGGCCAUGCAGCUAACUUAUUUUCAGGCAUUACAUCUGUCAUAUUUUCUUCUGCAUCUGGUUCCAUGUGUCCCCACCAAAAUAACACUACAAAGCACUUUUGAUUUUGCUGUAGUCAGCGGAUUUGAUGCCCUCCAGUGAUUU